AUGAAGUCCGUGCUGUUCAGCCGCUUCUUCAUCCUCCUGCCCUGGGUCCUGAUCGUCAUCAUCAUGCUCGACGUGGACACCCGCAGGCCCGCGCCCCCGCUCACCCCGCGCCCCUACUUUUCUCCCUACGCUUUGGGCCGCGGGGGCGCCCGACCCCCGCUCCGCAGGGGCGGCCCCGGGCGCGGCUCGGAGAAGCGCAACGAGUCGCGGCCGCAGCCGCAGCCGCAGCCGCAGCCGCCUCUGCCCACCAUCUAUGCCAUCACGCCCACCUACAGCCGCCCGGUGCAGAAAGCCGAGCUGACCCGCCUGGCCAACACCUUCCGCCAGGUGGCGCAGCUGCACUGGAUCCUGGUGGAGGACGCGGCGGCGCGCAGCGAGCUGGUGAGCCGCUUCCUGGCGCGGGCCGGCCUGCCCUGCACGCACCUGCACGUGCCCACGCCGCGGCGAUACAAGCGGCCGGGGCUGCCGCGCGCCACGGAGCAGCGCAACGCCGGCCUCGCCUGGCUGCGCCAGAGGCACCAGCACCAGCGCGCGCAGCCCGGCGUGCUCUUCUUCGCCGACGACGACAACACCUACAGUCUGGAACUCUUCCAGGAGAUGCGAACCACACGCAAGGUCUCUGUCUGGCCAGUGGGCCUGGUUGGCGGGCGACGCUACGAACGUCCGUUGGUGGAAAAUGGCAAAGUCGUUGGUUGGUACACCGGCUGGAGAGCAGACAGGCCUUUUGCCAUCGACAUGGCAGGAUUUGCUGUAAGCCUUCAAGUCAUCUUGUCCAAUCCAAAAGCUGUAUUUAAGCGCCGUGGAUCCCAGCCAGGGAUGCAAGAAUCUGACUUUCUAAAACAGAUAACAACUGUUGAAGAACUGGAACCGAAAGCAAAUAACUGCACCAAGGUCCUUGUGUGGCACACUCGCACAGAGAAGGUCAAUCUAGCCAACGAGCCCAAGUACCACCUGGACACAGUGAAGAUCGAGGUGUAACUGGGAGCAGCAGUGGGU